AUGUAUUCUCCAAUAUGUCUAACUCAGGAUGAAUUUCAUCCCUUCAUUGAGGCCCUUCUCCCUCAUGUCCGUGCCAUUGCCUACACGUGGUUCAACCUCCAGGCCAGAAAACGCAAGUACUUCAAGAAGCACGAGAAGCGGAUGUCCAAGGAUGAGGAGCGCGCAGUGAAGGACGAGCUCCUGUGUGAGAAGGCCGAGGUGAAACAGAAGUGGGCGUCCCGGCUCCUGGCCAAGCUGCGAAAGGACAUUCGACAGGAGUACCGCGAGGACUUUGUCCUCAGUGUGACGGGUAAGAAAGGCCCGUGCUGCGUGCUCUCCAACCCCGAUCAGAAGGGCAAGAUCCGCCGCAUCGACUGUCUGCGCCAGGCCGACAAAGUGUGGCGUCUGGACCUGGUGAUGGUCAUCCUCUUCAAAGGCAUCCCUCUGGAAAGUACGGACGGAGAGCGCCUGGUCAAGUCUCCUCAUUGCACCAACCCAGCACUUUGUGUCCAGCCGCACCACAUCACAGUAUCGGUGAAAGAGCUGGACUUGUUCCUGGCUUACUAUGUGCAGGACCAAGACUCACAGCAGCAAUCAGGAAGUCCCAGUCACAACGAACCAGGCAAAAACCCUCUCCCAGUGUACUUGGAGGACAGCUUCAUCAAAUCUGGCGUCUUCAGCGUCUCCGAGCUGGUCCGAGUCUCUAGAAUGCCCAUCACCCAUGGCGCGGCGGUGAACUUCUCCAUGGCGGAUAUGCCGAGCCAACCCUACUACCACGACCUGAACUCCAGCGUGGGGCUUCACCGCUCCCUCUCCUCCCCGCCCGGCAGCAAAAGGCCUAAAACGGUGAACAUGGACGAGAACAUGGACACCAGCCCGACCGGUCCAGACUUCUACUCUUCGCCAAGUUCACCUGCCAGCAGCCGGGCAAACUGGCACGACCGGGAAGGAGAAACAAGAGAUUCUUCAUGUGAACCGGUCCCACCGAGACUGUACAGCUCCAACAUCAACUGCAACUAUAUUCAACAUACAACAGACAUGUCCUCUCCCACCAUGAAGAAGCCGGAGAAGCUGUUCAGCCCCACCUCUCCCCAGGACUCUUCACCACGACUCAGCACUUUCCCUCAGAGCCAUCACCCCGGACUUACAGGUGUCGGACACAGUGUUAUAUCGACGAGGAGCCCACCGUCGCACUCGCCUCUGCAGUUUUCGGCUUCCACCAUUUUGCCCCCGGCACCUUCACCGUACUUCUCCCACCCAACGAUUCGCUACCCGCCCCACCUGAACCCGGGAGACCCCCUCAAAAGCUAUGUGCCGUCAUAUGACCCCUCGAGCCCACAGAGCAGCCAGCCCAACAGCAGUGGUCAGGUUGUUGGAAAGGUCCCAGGACACUUCACCCCCGUGCUGGCCCCCUCCCCUCACCACGGAGCGGUCAGACCCGUGUCCCUCUCUAUGCCCGACACUAAGCCACCAAUCCCCACAUCCACAGAAGGCUACUCCACCCCUGGAACCCCAACAGCCAAUCGCUUUGUGGGACUGAGCCCUCGAGACCCCGCCUUCCUGCACCAGCAGCAGCUGAGGAAGUGUGACUGGAGCGUGACUCAAAACGGGAGGCAUUAUGGCCCCAGUGCCACUGAGGACACUUUGGGGAUUACUUGGCAAAGUCCUGGUACCUGGGCGAGCUUAGUUCCAUUCCAAGUGUCGAACGGGACUCCGAUUCUGCCAACAAAUGUCCACCAGAACUACAGCAUAAACAUCAUUGAAGACGGACAGGCCGACCCGGCGGUGGUGGUGGAGGAUUGGGAUUUGUGUUUUUAUGUUAUUUUGAUUUGGGUGGUGCCUCGCCGCGAGCACUACAGGUGUCUUCAGCCAUGGAUGAAACCAGCAAGCAGUAAACCCACGCUGCACAUGUACACCCAGCUCUCCCCCAGUAUUUCCCCUGGGUGA